AACCCGAUUUUCCCGCGCUUUUGCGUUUGAAAUGGCCGAGAAGCGCGGGAGAGGGCGGCCCGGCGGGGAUGGAGGACGUCGUCGUCCUCGACGGCCCGGUGCCGGAUCCGGCGGUAUCGGAGCUAGAGAUCGCGCGGAUGCGGCUGCGGCAGCGGUGGGAGCUCGCAUCCGUUCUGCAUUUCCUCCAUGUUUUCGAGGAGCUGAUUCAGAGUGGAUUGAAGAUGUCUGGGGAGGAGAUCGAGGCUGGUCUUAUCCAGCCGAAUGAGGAUUUGGCUUCCCUUCACAUUGCUAUUUUGAAGGGCAUACCUCCUGUAACAAAAAAUUUAAAGGAAAGCGAUGCUUGGGUGACUGCAGUUUGUAAGAAGCUUGCUUCUUGGUGGCCAUGGGUUGCGGAAGGGGAGAAUCCGUUUGGACCUGAUCAUCGGGAGGCUAUAGAGAGAUACAAAGAGUUUGAUGCAACAAGUCGUUUAGUAAUCUUAAAAGCACUCUGUGAAGUUCGUGCUGAACAAGAUGAUUUAUUGAGGUAUAUCAGUGAUGCUUUGAAAGAGGGAUCCGGCCUUACGGUUUUUCGUAAAGAGAGAAUAGGCAGCAAUGACAAUGGAACUACUUACUGGUAUGAUGGUGAUGCAGUCAUUGGGCAUAGGUUAUAUAGGGAAAUAAUUCAAGUUGAGCCCAAAAAGAGAUUGAAGGGGAAAGGAAGUUCUGCAAAACCAGUUGUAGAUUCCAAGUGGGAAACAUUAGCAACCAAUCUGGAAGAAUUUCAUAAAAUAUCUGAAAAAUUAUCAUCCGGUAAAAUUAUGUCAGAAGUCACUGUGGCGAAGAUCAUCAACACUGACAUCAUUCCUGUUCUUGAGAAAUUUCAAAAGAACAAGGAAAGGGCACUGAAACGGCGACAGAGAGAAUCCUUGCUCUUAGAUAAUAUUAUGAAUUACUCUGCACUAGGGAUUUAGGUGUUCCCACCGUGAGCGCAGGCCUGUGAAGUACACAUUCGAUGAUUAUGACCGGAUAAUCAAGGAAGCUAUACAGAUAUCAAAGAAAUCAAAAACAGAAGCACCAUCAAAUCACAGUAACAAGAAUGCAGAUAAUGCUUCAAGUCAGAGUCCAGACUCAAAUGGUGCCUUGCAUUCAGAUAAAGACUCAAAUGCUUCAGGUCAGCCUGAAACAGAUGAUGAAGAGUACCUAGAAAGUGCAGGUGAUGCUGAUUGUGUAGAAAAAGAUGCUGACUACAAUGAUACACACAAUGACAGUGACAUAGCUAACAACUCUGAGAAGGAAAAAGGCAUUCAUAAACAGAAAGAUAUUAAGACUAACAUGACCAUUGGACUGCGCCGUAGUGGCAGAACAAGUGGCAAUACCAUUAACAAUGAUACAAAUGAUGUGGUGGCUAUGGGACAUGCAGCUAUGAAGAAAAGGCUCAGGCAAAGACCAACUCGUAAUGCCGGUUAUACUGUGCAAAAUUUAUCAGAUACUGAUGCUGGUAGUAACUCUGAAAGCGAAUGACAUGCUGUUAUCAUCCUCUUUGAUAUUAAGGUGACAACCUGUGAACAUAUGCAUUUUGUGCCUUUAGUUCCUUGUAGUUCUGUUGAACUGGGGAACCAAAAAGGUUUUCAAACUUACUGCAUACGUGGAAAUUCCUUGUAUUUUCUAGCACUUCAAAUAGAGGCUGAAACUGUGUUUCUAUGCCUCUGAUUUUGUUCUUAUGUCAAAGGCUUGAAU